CGCUACCGAGUUUAUCUGAUCAUACAGUUCUCCUUCUCAUCAUCAGUCUCCAGAAAUAUUUCUUACUUUUGCUUGGGGCUAGGCUAAGCAAACCUUUUUCUUCAAGCUCUAUAUAUCUUUAUUAUUAUAUAUGCAGGUGAGGGAAAGGAAAUCAGUUCGAGACUUGAGUUGAUUUUUGGCAGCUAGGCUAGGCUAGGCUAGGCUAGGCUCCAAAGAUGUCUCAGAGAAGAAUGUCAGAGCAGCAGCAGCAGCAGCCGCAGAGGCGGAUUCUGCGGACUCAAACUGCAGGGAAUUUAGGAGAGGCGAUGUUGGACAGUGAGGUGGUGCCUUCUUCUUUAGUUGACAUAGCACCCAUCCUCCGUGUUGCUAAUGAAGUGGAGGCCAGCAAUCCAAGAGUUGCUUAUCUCUGUCGGUUCUAUGCAUUUGAAAAGGCACACAGAUUAGAUCCAACAUCAAGCGGACGUGGUGUUCGACAAUUUAAAACUGCCCUUCUUCAACGUCUAGAAAGGGAAAAUGAAACAACGUUGGCAGGAAAGCAAAAGAGUGACGCUCGUGAAAUGCAGAGCUUUUAUCAACAUUACUACAAGAAGUACAUUCAAGCUUUGCAAAAUGCUGCUGAUAAAGCCGAUCGUGCCCAACUUAUAAAAGCAUAUCAAACGGCUGCUGUCCUUUUUGAUGUUUUGAAGGCUGUCAAUCAGACAGAAGAAGUGGAAGUAGCUGAUGAGAUAUUGGAAGCUCACACUGAGGUUGCAGAGAAAACACAAAUAUAUGUGCCUUAUAAUAUUCUUCCGCUUGAUCCUGAUAGCCAAAAUCAGGAUAUCAUGAGAUAUCCUGAGAUUAUAGCUGUUGUUACUGCUCUUCGCAACACCAGGGGCUUACCCUGGCCAAACAACCACAAUAAAAAAGUAAAUGAAGACAUCCUUGACUGGUUGCAGAUUCUGUUUGGCUUUCAGAGGGAUAAUGUGGCAAAUCAAAGGGAGCACUUAAUUCUGUUGCUAGCAAAUGUGCACAUCCGACAUGUUCCAAACCCUGAUCAACAGCCCAAGUUGGAUGAGCGUGCACUGAAUGAAGUAAUGAAGAAACUUUUCAAAAACUACAAAAAAUGGUGCAAGUAUUUAGGUCGAAAAAGCAGCCUUUGGUUACCAACCAUUCAACAGGAAGUGCAGCAAAGGAAAUUGCUAUACAUGGCUUUAUAUCUGCUCAUAUGGGGAGAAGCUGCUAACUUGAGAUUUAUGCCAGAAUGCCUCUGUUAUAUUUAUCAUCAUAUGGCAUUUGAAUUGUAUGGGAUGCUGGCUGGAAGUGUCAGUCCAAUGACAGGCGAGCACAUAAAACCUGCCUAUGGUGGUGAAACAGAGGCUUUCUUGAGGAAAGUAGUGACUCCAAUAUAUGAUAUAAUAGCAAAGGAAGCAAAAAGGAGUAAAGCAGGAAAAUUGAAGCAUUCUCAAUGGAGAAACUAUGAUGAUUUAAAUGAAUAUUUUUGGUCAGUUGAUUGUUUUCGCCUUGGUUGGCCCAUGCGCGCUGAUGCUAAUUUCUUUCACGUGCCCCUAAAUGAAAUUUGGAAUGAGAAAGAUGAGGAUAAGAAGCUGACUAUAUCAAAUCAAUGGCUUGGCAAGAUUAACUUCGUUGAAAUACGAACAUUUUGGCAUAUUUUUAGAAGUUUUAAUAGAAUGUGGAGCUUCUAUAUUUUGUGUUUACAGGCAAUGAUCAUCAUUGCUUCGAAUGGAUCGGGGGAGCUAAGUUCCAUAUUUGAGGGUGAUGUUUUCAAAAAAGUCUUGAGUAUCUUCAUAACUGCUGCAAUACUGAAGUUUGCACAAGGUGUUCUUGAUAUAAUACUGAGCUGGCAAGCAAGACGGUGUAUGUCAUUUCAUGUCAAGAUAAGAUAUAUUUUGAAGGCUCUUUCAGCUGCAGCAUGGGUCUUAAUUUUGCCAAUAACUUAUGCCUAUAGUUGGAAAAAUCCUUCUGGAAUUGCUCAGACCAUUAAGAAUUGGUUUGGAAAUAGUUCAGGUUCACCUUCAUUGUUCAUCUUGGCUAUUCUUAUCUACCUAUCUCCAAACAUGCUCUCGGUGCUGUUAUUUUUGUUUCCAUUCAUUCGCCGGUUUCUUGAAAGGUCAAACUAUAGGAUUGUGAUGCUCAUGAUGUGGUGGUCUCAACCUCGGCUCUAUGUUGGAAGGGGAAUGCAUGAGAGCUUCACUUCGCUUUUCAAGUACACUCUGUUUUGGGUUCUCCUAAUAGUAUCAAAGUUAGCCUUCAGUUAUUAUGUUGAGAUUAAGCCUCUUGUUGGUCCAACAAGAACUAUAAUGCAACUUCAGAUAAGAACUUUUAAGUGGCAUGAGUUCUUCCCCCAAGCCAGGAACAACAUUGGAGUUGUUAUUGCACUCUGGGCUCCUAUUAUUCUUGUUUUCUUUAUGGAUAGUCAAAUUUGGUAUGCAAUAUUCUCUACUUUGGUUGGAGGUAUAUAUGGUGCUUUUCACCGCCUUGGGGAGAUUCGAACACUAGCAAUGUUGAGGUCUCGAUUUCAAUCUUUACCUGGUGCUUUUAAUGCCUGCUUAGUACCAGUGGAGAAGAGUGAGAAACCCAAGAAGAAAGGACUGAAAACUACAUUCUCUAGGAAAUUUGAUAAGAUUACAUCUAGUAAAGAGAAUGAAGCAGCAAAGUUUGCGCAGAUGUGGAACAAAAUAAUUAGUAGUUUCAGAGAGGAAGAUCUAAUCAAUAACAGGGAAAUGGACCUAUUACUUGUUCCAUAUGGGGUUGACCCUGAUGUGGACCUUAUCCAGUGGCCUCCAUUUCUCCUUGCUAGCAAGAUACCUAUAGCAUUGGAUAUGGCAAAAGAUAGCAAUGGCAAAGAUCGUGAGCUUAAAAAGAGAUUGAACUCAGACGAUUAUAUGCGUUGUGCAGUACGCGAAUGCUAUGCUUCUUGUAAGAGCAUCAUUAACUUUCUGGUUCUUGGUGAGCGGGAAAAAAUGGUUAUCAAUGAUAUUUUCACAAAAGUUGAUGAACACAUACAAAAGGAAACUUUGAUAACAGAACUAAAUAUGAGCGCUCUCCCUAGCCUCUAUGAACAGUUUGUUAAGCUGAUUGAAUAUCUGUUAGCAAACAGAAAGGAGGACAAAGAUGGAGUUGUUAUUGUCUUGCUCGACAUGUUGGAGGUGGUGACAAGAGAUAUUAUGGAGGAUGAGGUCCCUAGUUUGCUAGAUUCAAGUCAUGGUGGAAAGCAUGAGGGGAUGACACCGCUAGAUCAACAACAUCAGUAUUUUGGCAAACUUGGAUUUCCUUUAACUACAGAAACAGAAGCUUGGAAAGAAAAGAUUAGAAGGCUUCAUCUUUUGCUUACCGUCAAGGAGUCUGCUAUGGAUGUCCCAUCUAACUUGGAAGCUAGAAGGCGCAUUUCCUUCUUUUCCAAUUCCUUGUUCAUGCACAUGCCUGCUGCACCAAAAGUUCGAAAUAUGCUUUCCUUCUCCAUCUUGACUCCCUACUAUUCAGAGGAUGUUCUUUUCUCCAUAAAUGCCUUGGAGAAGCCAAAUGAAGACGGGGUUUCUAUCCUUUUCUACUUGCAGAAAAUUUUUCCAGAUGAAUGGAAAAACUUCCUUGAACGUGUUAAGUGUAAUAGUGAAGAAGAACUUAGAGGAGAUGAUGAACUUGAAGAAGAACUUCGUCACUGGGCAUCGUAUAGAGGCCAAACAUUGACUAAAACAGUCCGAGGCAUGAUGUAUUACCGUAAAGCAAUGGAACUUCAAGCCUUUCUGGAUAUGGCAAAGGAUGAAGAUCUAAUGAAGGGCUAUAAGGCUGCUGAAUUAGAAAGUGAGCAACAGUCAAAGAGUGAAAGGUCAGUAUGGGUACAGUGCCAAGCGGUAGCUGACAUGAAGUUCACAUAUGUAGUGUCAUGCCAGCAAUAUGGCAUCCACAAGAGAUCUGGUGAUGCUCGCGCGAAAGACAUCUUAAAGCUUAUGACAAGGUACCCAUCUCUUCGAGUUGCUUACAUUGAUGAGGUUGAAGAAACCAGCAAAGAAAAUUCUAAAUCUAAGAAGAUGGUUAAUAAGGUUUAUUAUUCAGCUCUUGUGAAGGCUGCUUUGCCAACCAAGCCUGUAGAUUCUUCUGAUCCAGUUCAAAAUUUGGACCAGGUUAUUUAUCGAAUAAAGCUUCCAGGUCCUGCAAUUCUUGGUGAGGGUAAACCAGAAAAUCAGAAUCAUGCUAUUAUUUUCACACGUGGGGAGGGGUUGCAGACAAUAGAUAUGAACCAGGACAAUUAUAUGGAAGAAGCUUUCAAAAUGAGGAACUUGCUGCAAGAAUUUCUUAAGAACCAUGAUGGUGUUCGUUAUCCAACAAUACUUGGACUGAGAGAGCACAUAUUCACUGGCAGUGUUUCAUCUCUUGCGUGGUUUAUGUCUAAUCAGGAGACUAGUUUUGUAACAAUUGGACAAAGGGUAUUGGCUAACCCUUUGAGAGUUCGCUUCCAUUAUGGUCAUCCAGAUGUGUUUGAUAGACUGUUUCACCUUACUAGGGGGGGAGUCAGCAAAGCAUCUAAAGUCAUCAAUUUAAGCGAGGACAUAUUUGCAGGUUUCAAUUCUACCUUACGUGAGGGCAGUGUCACUCUUCAUGAAUAUAUACAAGUUGGUAAAGGAAGAGAUGUAGGCCUCAACCAAAUUUCAAUGUUUGAGGCAAAAAUAGCUAAUGGGAACGGUGAGCAGACACUUAGUCGGGACAUAUAUAGGCUUGGGCAUAGAUUUGAUUUCUUCAGGAUGUUGUCAUGCUAUUUCACUACUGUUGGCUUCUAUUUCAGUACCCUGUUAACUGUCCUCACAAUGUACGUGUUUCUUUAUGGCCGGCUCUAUCUUGUUCUCAGUGGAUUGGAAGAAAGGUUACGUUCUGAGACACUCGUUGAAAAUAAUAAGCCUCUUCAAGUAGCUCUAGCUUCUCAGUCUUUCGUGCAAAUUGGAUUCUUAAUGGCUUUGCCCAUGAUGAUGGAAAUUGGUUUAGAGAGGGGCUUCCGUAGUGCAUUAACUGAUUUCAUUUUGAUGCAAUUACAACUUGCCCCUGUAUUUUUUACCUUUUCUCUAGGAACUAGGACCCAUUAUUAUGGAAGGACAUUACUUCAUGGGGGAGCAGAAUACAGAGGAACUGGUCGUGGAUUUGUAGUAUUCCAUGCCAAGUUCGCUGAUAAUUAUAGGUUUUACUCGCGGAGCCAUUUUGUCAAGGGAAUUGAAUUGAUGAUUCUGCUACUUGUGUACCAUUUAUUUGGUCACUUAUAUACGGGUGUUGUUGCAUAUAUUUUGAUCAUCACAUCAAUGUGGUUUAUGGUGGGUACAUGGUUGUUUGCUCCUUUUCUCUUCAACCCCUCAGGCUUUGAGUGGCAAAAGAUUGUGGAUGACUGGGCAGAUUGGAAUAAAUGGAUAAGCAAUCUUGGGGGAAUUGGUGUAUCUCCAGAAAAGAGCUGGGAAUCCUGGUGGGAGAAGGAACAAGAACAUCUACGUUACUCGGGGAAGCUGGGUAUCAUUGUGGAGAUACUGCUAGCACUGCGCUUUUUCCUCUAUCAGUAUGGGCUUGUAUAUCGCUUGAGCAUUAUCAAGAAUAGCCAAAGUUUUCUUGUGUAUGUUGCCUCUUGGCUUGUGAUCGUUCUAAUAUUGCUUAUUGUGAAGGCUGUGUCCGUUGGAAGGCGACGAUUAAGUGCAAACUUUCAGCUUUUGUUUCGAUUGAUCAAGGGUCUCAUAUUCACAACAUUUGUUACCAUUUUCCUUGUACUGUUAACCUUGCCUCAUAUGACACCAAAAGACAUCAUAGUGUGCGUUCUUGCUUUCAUGCCAACUGGAUGGGGAUUGCUGCUGAUUGCACAAGCUUGUAAGCCUGUGAUCCAACGAGCUGGAUUUUGGGGAUCUGUUAGGACACUUGCUCGUGGUUAUGAAAUAGUGAUGGGCCUACUGCUAUUCACCCCAGUUGCGUUCUUGGCUUGGUUCCCUUUUGUUUCAGAAUUCCAGACUCGAAUGUUGUUCAACCAAGCGUUCAGCAGAGGUUUACAGAUUUCUCGUAUUCUUGGUGGACAGGGGAAGGACCGUUCAUCCAAAAAUAAGGAGUGAAUGCAUUAUUACAAAUGAAAUGACCCUUUUUUAUGUAAAGUAUCUUGAAGCUAGGUGUUUGGAAAAGCCUUUGGUUAGUGUGAGAAUCAGUAACUUCAGUUUGCACAUGGCAGUUUGUUCGUAGAUAUAAUGUGCAAUGUUGAACUGUAAAGGUUUACUCUCAUCAGUAAAAUGAGAACCAGAAACUUGUGUGUAUAUUUAGCAAGUUCAACUUAUUGAUGCAAAUUAUGAAAAUGAUAUGCUUUCUCCUAACUAACUAUCUUGGAAGUUAUGCGUAUGCUGCUAAUCAAUUUGGUGUUGGGAU